AUGGCAGACCACGAAGACGAGUUGGCCACCACCAGAACCGACGGCUUCAAAGUCGGUGAGAAGAAGACCGUUGAGGAGUACCAGAAGCUAGACCAGAACGACGAAUCCCUCAACCGAUGGAAGGCCUCACUAGGCCUGGGAAGCGGUACUCCCAUCUCCAACCCUAACGACCCUCGCACCUGUAUCAUCAAGUCACUUGCUCUCGAGGUGGCCGGACGAGAAGAUAUCACCAUUGACCUCUCAGAGCCUGGAGCGGUCGACUGUCUCAAGGAUAAGCCGUUCACCAUCAAGGAAGGCUGCCGAUUCCGCAUCAAGGCCACGUUCCAGGUGCAGCACGAUGUUCUCAGUGGCUUGAAAUAUGUUCAGGUUGUUAAGAGAAAGGGCAUCAGAGUGAGCAAGGACCAGGAGAUGCUGGUAUGUUUCACAUAUUCUCGGGAUCAAGGCAAAACAAAAAGGGAGCGCUGCGCUGACAAUAGUCUCUGUAGGGAAGCUAUGCUCCAAACACCACGGAUAAGCCAGUAUAUGAGAAGAAGUUCAACGAGGAGGAGGCUCCCUCUGGUAUUCUCUCCCGAGGACGCUAUAACGCCGUUUCCAGAUUCGUCGAUGACGACGAUGUCGACCAUCUCAAGUUCGAAUGGACCUUCGAAAUCGCCAAGGACUGGUAGCGGGUUGUUCUGUAAUCCUCUAGUUACCAGCAGCACCCGGACUGUGGCCCUGAUCUUGGGAUAUGACACGCUUUUCACCAGGCAAAAUCGAGUCUCGUCUUGGCGUUCACACUACUGUUGCCUUAUCAAUGAUUGA